AUGGCUGCGACUCAGACCCCGGAAGUCCUCUGGGCCCAGCGCUCGUCAAGCACUGAUCCCGAGAAAAACCUUCUCUACGUCCACCUGGCCGUGCCCGAUGUCUCCCCCUCUUCCGCAAAGCUCUCCCUCACUGCAACCUCUAUUUCCUUCUCGGGUUACUCAGACACGAAGAAGGUCGACUACAAAGUGGACCUGGAGCUGUACGAUGAUAUCGAUGUCGAUAACUCCAAAUCGCAUCACUCCCCUCGUGGUGUCGACCUCGUAUUAAGAAAGAAGGAAGCCAAAGACGAAUACUGGCCCCGCUUCUUGAAGGAAACCAAGAAGGUCCAUUUCCUUAAAACGGACUUUGAUAAAUGGGUGGAUGAGGAUGAACAAAACACAUUAGCAGAUGAUGACUACGGCAACUUGGGUGACAUGGGUGGAAUGGGCGACAUGGGUGGCAUUGACUUCUCGAAGCUGGGAGCCGGUAUGGGCGGGAUGGCUGGUAUGGACGCGAUGGCCGAUGAAGGUGGUGAUGAUGAAGGAUCGGAGGACGAUAUGCCUGCAUUGGAAGAGGACAUCAAGGACGGUGAUGCUAAAGAUACGAAGCCUAAGAUCGAGGAGGUGGCUUAA